GUGGUUACAGACAUGAGGCUGUGGUUGCGGGAUGCAAUCUCUACUUUGAAGGGGGAUAUCAUGCAGCUCAUCAGCACCAUGGUGGAGAGGGCUGCAGUAGAGAUUGACGUCUUGUUUCCUGGUUACACCCACAUGCAGAGAGCCCAACCAAUUCGAUGGAGUCACUGGAUUCUCAGCUAUACUGUUGCUCUCAGCAGAGACACCGAGCGUUUGGAGGAGAUUCACAAACGGGUGAACGUCUUGCCCCUGGGAAGUGGGGCUAUUGCUGGGAAUCCAUUCAGUAUUGACAGAGAGCUGCUUCGUAGAGAGUUGUCCUUUGAUGACAUCAGCAUAAAUAGUAUGGAUGCCACUGGACAGAGAGAUUUUGUUGCUGAGUUUUUGUUCUGGGCUUCGCUGUGUCUCACACACCUGAGUAGGAUGUCUGAGGAUCUUGUCCUGUACAGCACAAAAGAGUUUUCCUUUGUUAGCAUUUCAGAUGCUUACAGCACUGGCAGCAGCCUGAUGCCCCAGAAGAAGAAUGCAGACAGUCUGGAACUGAUUCGCAGCAAAGCAGGACGUGUAUUUGGUCGGUGUGCAGGAUUCCUUAUGACUUUGAAGGGACUCCCUAGCACAUACAACAAAGACUUGCAGGAGGACAAAGAGGCGAUGUUUGACUGCUAUGACACUGUGCAUGCCAUUCUCCAGGUUGCCACUGGUGUUAUGUCCACACUGUCGAUCAACCCCAAAGUCAUGGAGGGAGCAUUAAGCUCAGACAUGCUGGCCACUGACCUGGCAUAUUACCUGGUUAGGAAAGGGGUGCCAUUCCGAGAGGCUCACAGCUGCUCAGGGAAAGCAGUCUCUCUGGCUGAAUCAAAGAACAUUCCUCUCAACCAGCUGACUAUGGAUGACCUCCACAACACCAGCCCGCUGUUUGACAGCGAUGUGUCCGCAGUGUGGAACUACACCAACAGUGUUGAGCAGUACAACACCCCCGGUGGCACUUCCAAGAGCAGUGUCACUGCCCAGGUCCAGCAGCUGCGAGAGUGGCUCAAGGCCCACAAGAACUGAGUGACUGUUCUACAACCCUUUUUCAGUACACAUCUUCUCCCUUUCUACAACUCUCUAUACAUAUUAUGCUAGGACUUGACCACCAGUAUACCUCCUCGAUGGAAUGCACAGGUAUUGCAGUUGACUGUAUCAAGGUAUAACAAGGUGUGAGCUGCUAUAAGUUUCUCCCAUGUUUCUGAACUUUUGUGACUUACGUACCUGGUUUCAGAAUGUGCAGUAUUCUUGCUGUUUGGUGAAAGAGGCGCAUAGAGCAAGAUUUGAGGAUGGAGUACUGCAUUUUGAGCUAAUGCAAUUGCGUGAUAUGACCACUAGGGGGAAGUAAUGGUCUUUUUUCCAGUUUUUCUGUUGCAUUUUUUCAGUUCCGGUCACAAACAGCCAUUCUUAGGUUUAUUAAUCCUGCUUUUUAACAGAGAGCUUGGCAAAUUGGAGAGUGCAAUCUGCUACAUACAAAUCUGAUGGAGUAGAAUAGAGUGCAUUUUGCAGAUGAAAGCCUGUUUUACAGAAACACAGGUAAACACUAUUAUGCAAUUUAAAAAGUACAUAUGGUACAAGCAAUUUCUG